AUGAAGUUGAUCCUCGUGCUUUUCGUAAUUUUGGCUUCUGUUGAUGCCUCAGCGGUAAGAAAAUAUCGACUUCAGCCGAAAAAAAUUUCAAUUUUCCUUGUUUUCCUACAGAAAUUGCUAGUCGCAAAGAAUUCCAUCACUAAGUACCAAAUUGCGUAUCAGGAGAACAUUUUCGAGUAUCAUAUCAUCAACGUUGGAAACAGCCCGGCUAUCAAUGUAAGGAUAUUCAGCUAAACUGAAGGAAAUUGCUGCAAUUUUAACAGUCAAGCGUACAUCAAGAAAAAAGAAAUUUUCUCAUGCAAAACAAUAUCUCAACAGCCUUAUUUUUCAGGUGGAACUCGACGACCGGAGCUCGUUCCCGACCGACCGAUUCGAUGUUCUGAAGGGCUCGUUGCACUUUAAAUACGCCUCGAUCGCUCCCAACACCACCGCUCUCCACUACGUCAUGAUCGUUCCUCUGACUCCGCAGCCGAUGGAGGACAAGGACGUGACCGUCGACUACACGGAUUCCGAAAGUGGCGAGACGUUGCGGAUGACGGCAGUUUCGUUCAAAAGAGGAAGCCGUGAGUUUUAUGAGAGGUUUUCAAGCAUUUUACUUCUUUUUCCAGAAUACUAUUUCCCGGAACACAAGUUGUACAGCCGCAUCGGUAUCAACUCGAAGCACUUCGUCGGAUUCGCUUUCCUAGCUCUUCCGGUCACCCUCCUUUCCGCGUUGUUCUACCAUAAAUCGACCACUCGCUACGCAGCGACAAUAAGCCACAAGCUCAGACGCCAAUAA